ACGUACCAGUACUUUUUAGAACAUGUCUAAGGUCGGUCACCGAUGUGGUGAAAAAGCGUUUCGAAUACUGAAAAUCCCGUAUAAACGCUCACUUCGAGGAAGGGAAGCUCGGCGUGAGAAGGGAGCGGACCCGUCUGCUGCUGGCUGCGACGGGACUGAGAUGUAUAGACGACAAUUUGAGGAUUUUCCGCACAGUUCUGGAGCUUCGGCUGCGCUGAUGAAGAAACUGCGGCGGGAAGCAGCAGCUCAAAGCUGUGAAACAAGCCGCGCUUUGUCGUUGCCGGAGACAAGUGCUCGGAGUCGGAGCGAUACGGUUCUUUUUCCAGCAGUGUCGCUGGGUGCGACGUGCGCAGAGUUUUCCUAUAUUGGGCAAAUGGGCGGGGGUGGUGGUCGGACUGAAGGCAUGAUGAGCAAGGUGAAGGUCGGUCAUCAUGAUCAUGGUGUCUGGUGUCACUCUGACCUACUGGAGAGGCUACAGCGGCAGCUGGAAGUGGAAGAGAAACAGCUGGAGAACUCGAGCUUUCUUCACACAUCUAACAUGCCUUCUUUCUCCGAGAUGCCUGCUACAUACGUACACAUCAUCAUCAUGUCAACUGGGAAGAAAGUGGAUCUCCUACCAUCUAACAAUCAUGGACACAGAAUAAGUCAUCUCCGGAAGAGGUCGUUCUGCACCGUGGCGAUGAUCGGAAGACCAUCGAACGUCUGGGAACGCCGUCACGAUGCCCUGCUUUCUCCAGCUGAAGCGGUGUCGUGCGUAAGAGCCUACAGCAAGACCAGCUUCCCCGAUGCGUCUCUGUACAAAAGCAAGACGGCCUAUUAUGACAUCCUCCAAGUUUCGCCAAGUGCCACACACGCCCAGAUAAAGACCGCAUACUACAAACAAUCCUUUAUGUAUCACCCAGAUAGAAAUGCAGGCAGCGAAGAGGCCACGCUCCGCUUCUCUGAGAUCAGCGAGGCGUACAUGGUACUGGGCAACAGAAGCCUCAAGAAGAAAUACGACCGAGGCAUCCUGAGCCAAGCUGACGUGCAGGGAGCCGGUCGACCCUCGAGAAACGAGCCGCCAGCUUCGGCCGCGGCAGACCGACAGACGACAUCCCGAUACUCGCCUUCGAUGGGCGCGGAUGGGAAGUCCACGUUCGAUUUUGACGCGUUCUAUCAGGCUCACUACGGUCAGCAACUCCAGCGGGAGAAGGAGCUUCGCUGGCGAAAGGAUCAAAUGCAGAAGAAGCAGGUGGCGUUUAAAGACAGGGAGUUAGGACGGAUGACUGAGAUCUCUGUAGGGUUGCUGUUGGUGGUGGGGGUAGCUAUUCUGUUCAAUAUGAAGUCGUCGAAGUAGGCCGAACCAAAGCAGAACUCCUCAUGCCGUUUUAUUAUUUGCACAAUGCUGAUGGAUGAUUCAGGACUGAUAUCUUAUUUUAGUACUUGUGCCAUGUGCUCACAGUUGAUCCUUUAAAAAUGGACAAUCAAUGUUAAGAAUUAUAAUGUAGUAAAAGUAGUUCUGCCACAUCACUAGAGAGGUCAUUUCCUCUAGAUAAGCUUAAAAGAAUCCACCAGGAAUGGCUGACCUAUCAGAAUUUUGGAAGAGAUACUUGAAGUGAGAACUGUUUUUCCAAACUGUAUACAUUGUUGCACAUUCUGUGUACCACUUACAUUUAUUUAGCUGAUGCUUUCCUCCAAAGCGACUUGAAUGUUAGUAUGAUUUAUCCUCCUGGGUAAUUUUUACUGGAGCAAUUAAGAAUAAAUACAAUAAUUAAAGGAGCUAUAGUUGGGGGUGUGAUUCAAAUUUAUAUCCUUUGACUGCAAGCAGAUGCUCUUACCACUAUGCCAACCAUUUUCUAAACAUUUUCAUUUUAGUACUGUAAAUAUGGGUAAACCUGUAUCUGUCAGAUUUUGAAAAUAUGUACCUGCUUAGCCUGGUUUCCGAAUAUAAAGCAUUCUAAUGUACAG